UUGUAGAUCCUUCAUUUUUUCUGCAUGUAAUAGUCCAGUGUGUUAGUGUGCCAUCAUUUGCAUGUUCAUUUCUUGUUGAUAAGCAGUUGGUUGUUUCUAGGUUUUUUUUUUUUUGCAUGUGUAUUAAAUGAACUCUAUUAAUGUUCUUUUGCAGUUGUCCUUGUACACAUAUGUGAGAGAUACCCAAGGGUACCUACUGAUGAAAGAAAUGCUGGAUUGAAAGGGACUUCUCCACAUGGCUCCAGAAGAAGUGACCAUCACAGUCCGUCUCAUUCGUUCAUUUGAACACCGCAACUUCAGACCUGUUGUGUAUCAUGGGGUUAACUUGGACCAAACUGUAAAGGAAUUUAUAGUAUUCCUAAAGCAAGAUAAACUGAAGAUUAUUCAUCAAGCACAUAAAUCAAAGACGAACGACCUUGUGGUGAGCCUGGAAGAUGAUGACAGACUCCUGCUGGAAGAAGCAAGCACUCUGAAAGCAGCCGGCAUUGCCAGUGAGACUGAAGUUGCAUUCUUCUGUGAAGAAGAUUAUAAGAACCACAAAGCUAAUCCCGUUUCAGCCUGGUGAAGACCUCUCGAGGACUCCUUUCCGCAAACCUGGAUUAAGCUCUUUAUUCCACCAGUGAGUUUUGGAAAUUGACAAAUCUGGAAACAAAAUUCAUGCCAGGCCCUACCAUGGGAGCUGAAGGCUGGUGAUUUCCCUGCCUCUCUCUCUCUCUCUCUCUCUCUGCAGAUCUCGUCCUUUGCUCUCCGUUUGCCUCUACUCCCCCUUCCACAUUUCCUCUUGUAAUACAGUGUAUUAUAAGAAAGCGGACUGAUUUCCUGAAAGUGAAAUAAAGCGGGAUUCAGAGG